AUGGCGAAAGUUAUUCUCGUUACAGGUGCCACUGGCAAGCAAGGCGGUAGUCUAAUUGACAAACUCCUUGAAGAGAACGCGGAUGUGGAGAUUCUAGCACUGACUCGAGACUCCGCCUCGAACAGUGCCCAGAAACUCAAGGGAAAGUCGCCUAAAAUCCAACUCGUUCAGGGAAACCUUGACGACCCGAAGGCGAUUUUCGCCAAUGCCAAAAAUGCGACAAAACAGCCGAUCUGGGGCGUGUUCAGUGUUCAGGUUCCGUCGCCUACUGCAUCCGUCCAGGAAGUAGAAAUGCGCCAAGGCAAAACGCUAGUUGACGCUGCGCUGGAAAACAACGUCAAAUUCUUCGUCUACUCAUCUGUUGAUCGAGGUGGAGAUGCCUCAUACGAUACCCCUACCGAUAUUCCCCACUUCACUAGCAAGCAUCAUAUCGAGCAUCACCUCAUUGAGAAAGCGAAGGGCACGGAUAUGGCAUGGACAAUCCUGCGCCCUGUUGCAUUCCUUGAAAACCUGACGCCGGAUUUUCUGGGAAAGUUCUUCGCUACAACUUGGAAAAAUGUCGUAAAGGAUAAGCCCUUACAGGUUAUAUCUACGUCGGAUAUUGGGUGGUUUGCAGCUCAGGCGUUUUUGAGACCUGAUGAAUGGAAAAAUAGAGCGCUCUCGUUGGUUGGUGAUGAGCUCACAUUCCAAGAAAUGCAGAAGAUUUUCAAGGCGAAAACUGGCCAGGAUGUACCCUUGACUUUUGGCUGGCUUUGUACUAUUAUGUUGUGGGUUUUGGGAGAUUUUGGGAAAAUGUUCAAUUGGUUUCAUGACAAGGGGUUUAGUGCUGAUGUUGCCACUUUGAAGAAGAUGAAUCCUGGAUUGAGGGAUUUUGGGACAUGGUUGGAGACUGAGAGUGGGUUUGCGACGAGAUGA